GAAUGGCACUGGGCAAUGGUGAAACGAUAAGUCAUUAGAGCGGUGAUAGUGAGAGGGAGGAGUCACGGGAGGCGAUAAGAUGCUCAGUUUAGCUUCAAGACGUCAUGAAGUGUGUGCUGCUUGUCUCUCUUCUCUGCUCAUGGGUGGUGGUGUCGAGGGGAUGGGUGCUGUGGUCGAGGGAGGCUCCCCAAGCUGACCAGCCCCAACAAGACGAGGCAGAGAGCAGCGGGACGGAGGUGCUGCGAAUGGUAGAGGCGCUGGGACGCGAGCUGAGUGACAGGGCGGGGCAGGAGGACGGGUGGCUCAGCAGGUACCAGGACGUGGCGCAGGCGAUGGAGGAAAACAACAAGGCCAGCCAGGAAUUACUCUCCGUCAGUAGGAUGGCGGUGCCGGUGAUCUGGAACUUGUACAUGGGAAAUUCCAUUAUGUUCUUCAUGGAUUCGUUGUGGAAAGGGGGAGGCGUGGCGGGACAUUCCUUCUCUACCAGGGGCCAGGUGCCGCCGCCGCCGCCAAAGUUUUUGUUCGUGUAUCCCACCGAGCUGACGGCGGACGAUACAUUCGUGAUUCAGGCUGUGGUUGUGCCCACCGCCGAGGCCAACGUUGGUUUCUGUGCGUACUUUGAGCCAGAAGAAGGAGAGGAGCUGGACUUUGAUAAUGGAGAUAUCUUCUUCGCGUCACACAUCAGAUGGCACUUCGACUACGGAAACAGCAGAGAGAUAGUGUUCAAUGACCGAUACAAUGGUGAGUGGUCUCGCCCCGAGGUGACUGUGGGCAGCGACCAGUGGCCUGACUUCACGGUUGGCGAGAAGUUCAUUAUCUCCGUGGCAAAGAUGGGACCGUGCCUCAGCACCACCAUCAUGCUGGGGCGGGAUAUGCAUAGCAACACUCCCAAGCACAUGUCAACCUUCCAGUUCUGUCCCAAGCAACCGAGGAAAGAUGACCCGCGGAAGCUGUGGCUGACCCUGAACGAGGACAAGACUGGCGCUGGCGAGAUCCAGCUGCACUGGCUUACCUGGGUGCCCUUGCGCUCAUAGGCACGUGCACGUGGUGGGAGCACAGGAGGACAGGGCCUCACUGGUAAUGACGGAGUAUUGUGAUGGUAGUACUAGGGUACAUGUAUUACGCUGUAGUGCCCUAUGAGGAUUGUAAUGGUGAUUGUGAUGGUGAUGGAUAUUUUUAGAAGGACAAAAGCAGAAUGUUAAGAAUCAUAAGUUGAUUAAGAAGUAAUAAAUAGAAUUCCUUCUCUUAAAUAAU